AUGAACCAUCGCAUUGGAAUACUUCUUCUCGUACUUGUCCAACUCGGACACUCUUCUCCGAUCAUUGUCAAACGUUCAGAUGAAUCUCAAGCUGUUCAACAAAUUAAUGCGUUGAGAGUACAAUUUGCUGAGGCAAAACAAGUGGCAAACAUGCACGAAUUAAGUUGGGAUUCUGAUCUAGCGAGUAAAGCAGCAAAAGCGAGUUGUGAAGAUUUGGAAAAGCCCGCCUCCAAUUAUAUGAUGGCUUUCUAUCCGGAUAUGAACACGAUGAAUAAAAUACAGUCCGACCAAGAUAAAAAAGACUUUGUGAAGAAUAAUGGCCUAUUAGCUUUCCUAAUUCCUGUGCAAACCAGAAUGGGGUGUGCAAGUCUCAAACAAACUUGUGGUGACAAGCAGGCAGUGUGUUUUAUUGGACCCAAAUCUGUAGCAAGUUACAAUCCAGAAGUCGAUGCUAAGAGAGGCCUGCCAGGAUCCCAAUGUCCAAAUGGGAAGGCUUCAAGUGGAUUGUGCAAGUUUUCGAAGUCUACUCUGUCAUUUGCCUCCAUCAUCGUCAUGAUCAUAUUCACUGGCUUCUUUUAA